CACAGUCUAGGGACAAUGAAUAAGUCAGAGGUAUCUACCGUGACACAGUUUGUCUUGUUGGGCUUUCCUGGCCCCUGGAAAAUGCAAAUUAUCCUUUUCUCAAUGAUUUUGUUCAUCUACAUCUUGACUCUGACUGGAAAUAUGACCAUCAUUUGUGCAGUGAAGUGGGACAACAGACUCCAUACCCCUAUGUACAUGCUCCUGGCCAACUUCUCCUUCCUAGAGAUCUGGUAUGUGACCUGCACAGUCCCCAAUAUGCUGGUCAAUAUUUUUUCCAAAACCAAGACCAUAUCCUUCUCUGGUUGUUUUAUUCAAUUUUACUUCUUCUUUUCCCUGGGCACAACUGAAUGUUUCUUCCUCUGUGUCAUGGCUUAUGACCGGUACCUAGCCAUCUGCCAUCCACUGCACUAUUCCUCCAUCAUGACUGGACAGCUGUGUGCCAUUCUGGUGUCUCUUUGUUGGCUCAUUGGUUUCCUUGGAUAUUCAAUUCUUAUUUUCUUCAUUUCUCAACUACCCUUUUGUGGUCCCAACAUCAUUGAUCACUUUCUGUGUGAUGGAGACCCACUGAUGGCAUUAUCCUGUGCCCCUACACCAAUCAUAGGACAUAUAUUCCAUUCUGUGAGUUCUAUUAUCAUCAUUCUCACCAUGUUGUACAUCCUUGGGUCCUACGUCUUGGUGCUCAGAGCCGUGCUUCAGGUUCCUUCUUCAGCUGGACAGCAAAAGGCCUUCUCUACCUGUGGAUCCCACUUAGUUGUGGUUUCUCUGUUCUAUGGAACAAUAAUGGUGAUGUAUGUAAGUCCUACAUCUGGUAACUCAGUUGCUAUGCAUAAGAUCAUCACACUGAUAUACACCAUAGUGACACCAGUCUUAAAUCCUCUCAUCUACAGCCUACGCAACAGGGACAUGAAAUUGGCCCUUCGUCAGGUCCUUUGUGGAAUGAGAAGUACCCAAACAUCAUGA